AUGGGUGGACAUGGUCACGGAGAGCCCUACACGGUGCCACAUCCAUCGUGCUACAAGGUGGAGAAUGUGCCGCAAUUGUUGAAAGUCAAAGAGGCGCUUGGCCGCCAGGGAUUAUCCGACCCAUGGCUGAGGAAUGAGGCCUGGCGUUACGAAAAGAAGGCAUUUGGCACACACGGCUCUCGCCUGGCUACGUUUAUGUUCCGUGGCCUCGGUGUCGGCUUUUGUGCAGCUCUCGCCACCAUCGCUGUUGAAUAUGCCCUGGGAAUCGGCAAAGGCCAGGGUGACCACGGACAUGGACAUGGCCACGACGACAAGAAGGAUCAUUAGAGCGAGCUCUUUAAUUAAGUGAUUUAGUUGAAUAAAUGUGCAAAUCA